AUGACAGUAAGACCAAGAGACCACACACGUCCGUAUAGCAGCAAAAUUUCAUCCAGAAAUAGCAUCAACGCCAUGGUAUGGAGCUCCAGAUGGUACAACAAUCACAUCAGCAAAGAUAACAUUAACAAAAAUCACGCCGGUGAUGAUGAUCACAUUAAUUUCUGUAACUGUAAUACAAAUGACUUGACAAAUAAUGAUAUCAGGUUCAACAACAACAACAACAACAAUAACAUCAACAACAACAACAUCAUCAACAACAUGAACAAUAACAUCAACAACUACAACAUUAAAAACAACACGAAUACAAACAACAAAAUCAAUCACAUCAACAACACUAAAAACAAUCUCACCAACGUUAUAGACAACAACCUCUGUAAGAAACUAAUGAAAAUAUUUUUUGAUAACAACAACACUAAAUACCUUAGUUACAAAAUUCUUACCAACAAAAACAACAACCACAACAACAACAGCAGCCACCACUACUACUACCACCACAACAACAGCAACAACAGCUACCACUACUACUACAACGAUUAUUUCAACCACAGCUACAUCAGCGACAACCGCAACGACACCAACGACAAUGUAAUGCCUGCAAGCACAAUGGAAAGUUCAAACGCCUUUGUUGCUAUGAAAAGCCCUGGCAAAAGAAGUCUUAACAAUACGAAUAAUAAUAAUAUUAAUAAUAAUAACAAAAAUGAUAAUAAUAAUGAUAAUGAUACUAAUAAUAAUAAUAAUGAUGAUAAUGAUAAUAAUAAUAAUAUUAAUAAUAAUGAUAAUAAUAAUGAUAAUUAUGAUAAUGAUGAUAUUAAUGAUAAUAAUGAUAAUUAUGAUAAAAAAAUUAUAAAUAAUAGAAAUAAUAAUAGGAAUAAUAGAAAUAAUAAUAUUUAUGACGACAAUGUUAUCGACAAGAAUAACAAUAACAGUAACUACUAUAACAUCGAAGUUAACGGAGACAACUACAUCAAGAACAAAGUGAAUAUUAACGACAGAGUAACCAUAAACAACAACAUCAACUACUCAUUUGCUGAGUACGUAAGUGAAGAGAGUGCAUUCGAAAAUUCAAAACAACAAAACGACGAAAAGACAAUUUGGUCUAUUAACAACAACAACAACAACAACAACAAAGACAACAACAACAAAAACAACAACAACAACGACAACAAAAACAACAAUAGCAACGACAUCAUUUCAAGCCACAUUUCAAACAACAGUUUUAAAAUGUAUAAUACUGACUCCUACAAAAAUCUUCUCAACAAAAAUACAAACAACAAAAACAGUCACAACAUCAACAACAACGACAUUGUUGACAACAACAGCAGCAACAAAAACAACAGCAACAUCAUCAACAACAACAAUAUCAACAACAACCAGAAUCUUAACCACAUUUUUAGCAACUACAUUGCUAACAGCAAAAACAACAACAUCAGCAACAUACACAAAAACAACAAUGUUGACAACAGUAGCAGCAACAAAAUCUACCACUUCUACUUCAGAAACGACAACACACCUUACAGUAACACUUUUUCCAACAAAAAACUGAUUAAAACAUAUUACAGUAACCGAGAGAGCGGAAUGGGUAGCUUUAUUUUCAACAACCAUAACAUUUUCAAAAACUAUCUAGAUAGCAACAACAAUUACAUUAAUCUUCAGAGUAACAUUAACAGUCCUAACAACAACAACAACAACAACAAGAAAAACUAUAUAAACAUGAUUAAUCCGACGACAAACAACAACAACAACUAUGUAAAUGUAAUCGGUAACAGCAAUAACAACAACAACUUCAACAUAAUCAAUAACAACAAUAACAUCAACAACAACCACAACAGCCAAAAUGAUCACCCAAAUGAUGUCAUCAUCAACAACAACAACAACAUCGUAAUGUUAACUGUAAACAGAACAUACAUAGUGAACCAGAAUACAAAUUUGCUGAUGGAUUGUAUGUACCAGACGGGCAGCACCUAUAGCAUUCUGCAGUACCCCGUCCUCUGGCUCAAGAAGCAAACUGUGGUGAUCGCUAAUGUGGACGCUUCCAUUAACACAAAUGUGGAGAUUAACAGAUAA